CCUUUCCUUUUCAGUUUCCCGCUUACGAAGCUUGGUGAGGACUCACAGAAGGAGAGAGAGAGAGAGAGUUGUUUUGCAGAUACGAUCUCUGCAGCAGCUGCCCAUCCCUGAAUCAUUUUCACCGUCUUCCAUUAUCGAAUCGUCAAGUUCUUUCUUAUUUCUCGUGUUCGGAUAUUUCUGCUCGAGACCGGGAUGGGGUUGCCUAGUGAAUUCGCCGAGGAAUGCUUGACUGGUGAUUCCGAAUCUAAUUGUCGAGGAUCCAGCAAGCCCAGAUUGUUCAUCAAAGAAAUGGUGAUGAGAAAUUUCAAAUCUUACGCUGGAGAGCAAAGAGUCGGACCAUUUCACAAGAGUUUUUCGGCAGUGGUCGGUCCCAAUGGUAGUGGGAAGAGUAAUGUGAUAGAUGCGAUGCUAUUUGUGUUUGGGAAGAGAGCUAAGCAGAUGCGCUUGAACAAAGUUUCAGAGCUCAUCCAUAAUUCUACUAAUCAUCAGAACCUGGACAGCGCUGGUGUCUCUGUUCACUUCCAGGAGAUUAUUGAUCUAGAUGAUGGAAAUUACGAGACUGUCCAGGGAAGCGAUUUUGUCAUUACAAGAGUUGCAUUUCGAGACAACACCUCAAAAUACUAUAUAAAUGAUCGUGGGAGUAACUUUACAGAGGUUACCCGGAAAUUGAAAGGAAAGGGGGUGGACCUGGACAAUAACCGGUUUUUAAUUCUUCAGGGUGAAGUUGAGCAAAUAUCAUUGAUGAAGCCAAAGGGUCAAGGACCUCACGACGAAGGUUUUCUUGAAUAUCUUGAGGAUAUUAUUGGAACUAACAAAUAUGUGGAAAAAAUUGAAGAAUCCUAUAAGCAGCUGGAGACCCUCAAUGAGAAAAGGUCGGGAGUGGUGCAAAUGGUAAAAUUAGCUGAGAAAGAAAGAGACAACUUGGAGGAUGUUAAGAAUGAGGCUGAGGCCUACAUGUUGAAGGAGUUGUCCCUAUUGAAAUGGGGAGAGAAAGCUACCAAAUUGGCUUCUGAGGAUGCUACUUCUCAUGUGGUUGAACUGCACGCAAAUGUAUCCAACUUGGAAGAAAAUCUGAAGAAUGAAAGGGAGAAGAUUCAAGAAAAUGCUAAGACACUUCUGGAUCUUGAAGGAGUACACAACAAAUAUAUGAAGCAACAGGAGGAACUUGAUGAUAAUCUCCGAACCUGUAAGGAUGAGUUUAAAGAGUUUGAGAGGCAGGAUGUGAAGUAUCGAGAAGAUUUAAAGCACAUAAAGCAAAAAAUCAAGAAACUAGAGGACAAGCUUGUAAAGGAUUCAUCCAAGAUUGAAGAGAUCUUAAAAGAAUGCGAUGAGUCUACAAAUUUGAUUCCAAAACUUGAGGAAGAUGUUCCCAAACUACAGCAAUGCCUUUUGAAUGAGGAGAAAAUCUUAGAGGAAAUUAAGGAGGGUGCUAAAGUUGAAGCCGAGAGUUAUCGUUCAGAGCUUGCGGAGGUCCGUGCUGAGCUAGAACCAUGGGAAAAACUGUUGAUCGAUCACAAAGGGAAACUUGAUGUUGCUUCUAAUGAAAGCCAACUUUUAAAGGAGAAGCACAAAGCUGGUUUGGUAGCUUUUGAUGAUGCUCAGAAGCAGAUGAACGAGAUAAAGGACAAAAUUAAAGUAAAGAGUACAAGCAUCGUUAAGUUGCAAAGUGAUUCAGAGAAAUAUAAAAAGGAAGCAUCAGAGGCUCGUCAAGUGGAACAGGAUUGCUUGAGAGAGCAAGAAUUGCUCAUUCCUCUUGAACAAACUGCAAGACAAAAUGUCGCGGAGCUUUUGUCUACUAUGGAAUCGGAAAAGAGUCAAGGAUCUGUUUUGAAAGCUAUUUUGCAAGCUAAAGAAUCAAAUCAGAUAGAGGGAAUCUACGGACGAAUGGGGGACCUUGGGGCUAUUGAUGCAAAAUAUGAUAUUGCUAUAUCAACGGCAUGCCCAGGACUUGAUUAUAUUGUGGUAGAAAAAACUAGUGCUGCACAAGCAUGCGUGGAGCUACUCCGGAGGAAGAAUCUUGGUGUUGCAACUUUCAUGAUAUUGGAAAAACAAAUGAAUCAUUUAUCCAAGUUGAAGGAAAAAGUCACUACUCCUGAAGGAGUUCCACGCCUUUUUGAUCUAGUCAAAGUUCAGGAUGACCGGAUGAAGCUGGCCUUCUUUGCGGCAAUGGGGAACACAGUUGUAGCUAAAGACCUGGAUCAGGCAACAAGAAUUGCAUAUGGUGGAAACAAUGAAUUUCGGCGUGUGGUGACACUUGAUGGUGCGCUCUUUGAGAAGUCUGGGACAAUGAGUGGUGGGGGAAGCAAGCCACGUGGUGGUAGGAUGGGGACUUCUAUACGAGCUACCAGUGUUUCGGGAGAAGCUGUUGCAAAUGCUGAGAAUGAUCUUGCUAAGCUGGUUGAUCAGCUAUCGAGUGUACGCCAGAAGAUUGCUGAUGCAAUGAUGCAUUAUCGGCAAGCAGAAAAAUCUGUUUCUCAUUUGGAAAUGGAAUUGGCAAAAGGCGACAAGGAGGUGGAGAGUUUGAAUGCUCAAUACAGUUACAUAGAAAAACAACUUGGUUCUCUAAAAGCUGCUUCACAACCAAGGCAGGAUGAACUUGAUAGACUGGAGGAGUUAAACAACAUUAUAUCUAUUGAAGAAAAGGAGCUUAGGAGACUUACUGAGGGCUCUAAACAGCUGAAGGAGAAGGCUUUUGAGCUUCAGAGGAAAAUAGAAAAUGCCGGUGGUGAAAAAUUGAAGUUGCAAAAGGCGAAAGUCAAGAAAAUCCAGUCUGAUAUUGAUAAGAGCAGCACAGAGAUCAACCGUCACAAAGUUCAGAUUGUGACUGGUCAGAAAAUGGAAAAGAAGUUGAAAAGGGGGAUUGAAGAUUCGAAAAAAGAAAAAGAAAAAGCUGUUGAGGAGAAGGAAAAACUGAUGGCUACUUUCAAAGAGAUAGAACAAAAAGCAUUUGCAGUACAAGAGAAUUACAAAAAAACACAGGAGAUCAUUGAUCAACAUAAAGAUGUACUGGACAAAGCAAAAACAGAAUACAACAACCUGAAGAAAACUGUGGAUGACUUGCGGGCUUCAGAGGUUGAUAUUGAUUAUAAAUUACAAGAUAUGAAGAAGCUUCUAAAGGAAUGGGAAAUGAAAGGGAAAGGGUACAAGAAAAGGCUAGAUGACCUACAAAAUGAACUUACAAAACAUAUGGAGCAAAUUCAAAUAGAUGCCGUAGAUCAUGAAAUGGUACAAGCAACGCUGAUGGAUGGGACAUUAGCUGAGGCUUGUGACCUGAAAAGGGCCUUGGAAAUUGUAGCAUUGCUUGAAGCACAACUUAAAGAAAUGAAUCCGAAUCUUGAUUCUAUCUCAGAGUACCGGAGAAAAGCUUCUUUGUACACUGAACGGGUUGCAGAGCUGAAUACAGUGACUCAACAACGUGAUGAUCUAAAGAAGCAAUAUGAUGAAUUCAAGAAAAUAAGGUUAGAUGAGUUCAUGGCAGGAUUCAACACAAUAUCCUUGAAAUUGAAGGAAAUGUAUCAGAUGAUCACACUAGGGGGUGAUGCAGAGUUGGAGCUAGUUGACUCUUUGGAUCCUUUUUCAGAGGGUGUUGUUUUUAGUGUUAGACCUCCAAAGAAAAGCUGGAAAAACAUUGCAAACCUCUCCGGUGGUGAGAAGACACUCAGCUCAUUAGCUCUUGUGUUUGCGCUCCAUCACUACAAACCGACUCCACUUUAUGUUAUGGAUGAGAUUGAUGCUGCUUUGGAUUUCAAAAAUGUUUCUAUCGUAGGCCAUUAUGUGAAGGACCGUACAAAAGAUGCACAAUUUAUAAUUAUCAGUCUGAGAAACAAUAUGUUUGAGUUGGCGGAUCGACUUGUUGGCAUUUAUAAAACUGAUAACUGCACCAAGAGCAUCACCAUUAACCCGGGGAGUUUUGUGGUUUCUGAAAAGGUGGCAUGAUUUCGCCACUUAAAACUGUUGUGAUAUGCGUUGUAAAUAUUCUAGGUCCAUUCAAGCCAUAGUGAAAUAUUUGGUAAGGCCCUGUAAAUAUUGGGUUAUGUUGUAACCAGGCACAUCUAAUGCUUAUGUAUGUACUUAUAUGUCUGCUUAGUUUAUGUCCAGGAAAGAUCUGAUCUGAUUUCUAGUUUUACUGCAGCAUCAACUGCCCCCCUGUAUUCACAAGUUGCAGUAAUUAAAUGAUAUGUUUGUUUCUGUUAA